ACCAUUGAGGACGUUUGGUUACGUUUCUUCUCGGACCUGCCUGUCGAACCCCCCUCUGUAUUGGUUUGUGAAUUUCCCAACUCUGGCUAGCAUUUACUUAUCAUCUCUGGAUACAAACAACGUUUGGAAGGGAAUACAUCUUCGGUCCAGAUAUACCCCCAGACAACUAUCGCAACUAUAGGUGGAUCAUGCUGAAGCAUACCGGCUGUGUGAAUGGUUUUUAUUACGAAAAUGCUCCCGUAAUCAGGAGAAUAGGCAUUACUGGCGACAACAAGGAAACACCAAAGACGCAGAUUCGUCUUCCCCGGUAUGAUACUAGCAUGCCAGCAGCAAUCUUCGGAAAUCCUCAAUUCGUGAAUUAUGCAAAGAUUUGCGCUAUGGAAACGGUAAAUGUGUGUCGAGUUGGCACGCGUUGUGUAGGUAUUUUGAUAAAAUAUUCUGAUCCAAAGGUACCUCCAGCAAUCUUAGGGCAGUGGUAUGGCUCCAAAGAGUCAGACCAUAGAUGCAUAUAUGACUAUAAUAAAACUACAUCGACUGUUAUUGCUUUCAAAUUAUCGGAAUCGGAGAGAGCUGUGCGAGAUGUCCUGAUUUGCAACCAUGAUGCGCCUGAACUUGAAGAAUUAAGUUCGGACAUCAAAGUUCAAGUGUAUAAAAUCGGAACUGUAAGUUGAUCCAUUGCCAGUAAUGAUAGUUGACUUACAAGUUUCACAGCGCCUUGUUUGGUGGUUCAACACUAGAAAUGAUUCCAUCUCAUUGUGGGAAGACGGAAAUAGCUCGCCUUCUAGCAUCCCGAUAGAGUUAGCAUUAGUGCAAAACUUCGAUUGAACUUCAAAACAACAGUACAUAGUGUAAAAGAGAGUGGUCGAGAUAUUUGGGUCCCAAUAUCACGCUGCGAGGGGAAAAGGGAGAGUAAACUGAUUAGAUUACAUUGGAACGGGUCACUUAUAGAGAAAAUGGGUUUCACAAUAG